GUUACUUUGCUCUUGCUGAACGUCAAUAAUAAGUACUUGCCUAACUUUCAAAAUGCGUUACAUAAUUUGUGCAUUAAUUGUGUCUUUAUUGAUAACCACUCUAUACUUAAUAAGAAAUGAACUAAUUAAGAAUGCAUACGGUGAACAUGAAGCUGCAAAAACGGAUGUUUACACACUAAACAGUUUUAUUGGAUACAUGAAGAAGUUUAACAAAAGUUAUACUGAUUAUGAAUUCAUGAGACGAAUGAGGAACUAUGAGAAAUCGGUACAAGAGAUAAGAAGAUUGAACACCAUCCACGAUUCCAAGGUGUUUGGCCUUACAAAGUUCUCAGAUUGGGCUGACGAUGAGUUCAGCGCAUUCAUGCUGUCGGGACGUAGCGAGAGAGCGUGUAAGGAACAAAGUAUGAAGUGUCUACCAAAACGAAAGAAGUACCAGAACUUUAGCCCAAGCAUUAGAUACAUGAUGUUUAAGAACCGAACGAUUGAUGUUAAGAUAUCGCCAACUUAUGGAAAUAUACCGGUAAAGAUUGAUUGGCGUGACUUUGGAGUGGUUUCCCCGGUUCUGAACCAGAAGCUCUGCAGUGCGUGCUGGGCUUUCAGCAUCGUGGGUGUGAUGGAAAGCAUGGUGGCCAUCUACAAAAAAGGACUCACCAGGCUAAGUAUACAGGAGCUAAUCGAUUGUUCGAAAUACAACAACGGUUGCCAUAUGGGCGACAUCAGGUUAGCUUUACAGUUCCUUUGUCAGAAUGACUACCCGAUCGUCACUGAAAAGGAAUACUCCUUGACAUUGAGGGAUGAAUCCUGCAGGAUACCGGACGAUCAAAAACCGAACGGUGAGAGGAUCGCUGAAUACGCGAACCUGUGCAACGUGGAUGAAAAAAAAUUAUUGAAACUGAUUGCGAUGCACGGGCCAGUUGUGGCCUCGGUAAAUGCGGCUCCAUGGAGAUAUUACAUCGGUGGAGUCAUAAAAUCUGCUUGCCCAGGAACUUGGCAUUUGGUGAAUCAUGCUGUUCAAAUAGUAGGAUACGAUCUGACAGCUAAAGUUCCCCACUAUAUCAUCAGGAACUCCUGGGGCGUCGACUUCGGCGACAAUGGCUACGUGAAGUUAGCUGUAGGCGAUAACGUGUGCGGGAUAGCUGACAAUAUUGGACAUUUAAAUGUUGUUUGAAAAUAGAGCCUUAUUUUUCAUCAACCUUUUUAGUUUAUUCUUCCUUUGUUUAUCUUACCCUCUUAUUUAAAAACGUCGAAUAAAGUUAUUCUGGA